AGAGAAGGAUUUUCCCGCACUGAAAGCUGGAAGUGACGUACUUCCUUCGCGGUAAAUGGUGCUGCAUGCGACAGAUGCCAGCGGAGAAAUACAGCAACACAGAAAUCUAAACAGGUGCAAUUCAAACUUUCUUCGGAGCUGGCCAAGUAGAAGUUGUCACUAUGUUGCACGCGUCACAGUCUGCAUGUUGAUGUAGAACAUCCAUUGUUGCGCAACAUCUUCAACGCGCGCCUUCCAUCCCAUCAGCUUUCUAAAGUUCCGCCCUCUGGAAAGACAGCGAUAACUCUGGGUCUUCCUUUCCUGUGGUGGUCCUGUGGCUGAACAAACAAGUGCAUGAUAUUUCACCUAAAUUCAGAUUUCCAAACAAAUCUUUUUCAUCCAACACAUCUCAUAGUGGUGGAAAUAUGAGCAAGGCCAGAUCCAGCUGGGACAAGAGGGCCCCCCAGGGGCCUGCCCUCACCAGGGUGACCCGUAGCUCCACCCCCCAGGCCUGGCACACAGAACCGCCCCAGGACUCUGGGCCUGGCCCACAUGGGACCCAGCUGAGGAAGCAGACAGACUCAGCCCUACCUCUGGCCCAGGACCUCAGUCAAAUGAGUGUGAGUGGACAGGACACCUCACUACCACGGAAAGGGAGGGUGUCUAAGGGCAGCAGUGGCCCCAUCCAGGGGGGUCCAUCGUCCUCUGGCUCUAAGCCUACACAGAGCUCCCCCUCUGGGCCGGCAAUGAAUCCCUCUCCCCGGGGAGGCCUGGCUGCUGUGGCUCGACUGGUGAAACUGGGGCGCUGUAAGAACGUGGUGGUGGUGGCCGGUGCAGGCAUCAGUACGGCCAGCGGUAUCCCAGACUUUAGGACCCCGGGCACAGGGCUGUAUGCCAACUUGGCCAAGUACAACAUCCCCUACCCGGAGGCCAUCUUCAACAUCGAGUACUUCUCCAACGACCCUCGGCCCUUCUUCUCCCUGGCCAAGGAGUUGUACCCAGGCAGCCACCGACCCAACUACAUCCACUACUUCAUCCACAUGCUGCACCUCAAGGGCCUGCUGCUCCGCAUGUACACCCAGAACAUUGACGGCCUGGAGAAGAUAAGUGGCAUCCCAGACGAGAAGCUGGUGGAGGCUCAUGGAAGUUUUGCGACUGCUUCCUGUCACCUGUGCUACACCCCAUUCCCUGCCCAGGAGGCCAAGAGUGCCAUAAUGAGUGACAAGGUCCCGGUCUGUACAUUCUGCCAGGCCACGGUCAAACCGGACAUAGUGUUCUUUGGAGAGGACCUUCCUGAGAAGUACUUCCUGCAUUCUAAAGACUUCCCUAAAGCUGACCUGCUCAUCAUCAUGGGCACGUCUUUACAGAUCGAGCCCUUUGCCAGCCUGGUGAACACAGUGAGGUCCACGGUUCCGCGGCUGCUCCUGAACCGGGAUGCAGUGGGUCCCUUUCAGAAGGUGCCCCUGAGGAGGGGCGACUACAUAGAGCUGGGGGACCUGGUGGACACGGUCAGGAGGUUUGGUGAAUUCCUAGGGUGGCAUUCCGAGAUCCAAGACCUGAUGACCAGUCAGGAAAAUGGGACCAUCCCUACUCUGGUAAGCAAUGUUUCAUCAGGAAGGGGCCGAGAAGGGCCCACCCAGACCAAAGCCACUGGCCUGGGGAGGAGAGGGGCAUCAGAGCCCCGAGGAAGGUUGCCCCCUAAGUCCAGGCCAGGGGCCCAUGGCCCCACCAACGGCAGCAGUGAGAGCGACUCCGAGUCAGACAGCAAGAGCAUAGUUUCAUCCAGCCCAAGUAAAUGAAACUGAACAUGUCCCCUGCCCCCCCCCAAAAAAAUACACUCAUUUCAAUUGGUCGAGGAAAUACUGGAAAAAGUUUGUGUCGGCGCCUGCUGACGUGUGCAUGUGUACAGUAUGAAUGUUUCAAAUCAAUGCAAAUUGACAUUUUCAGCACAUAAGUGAACCUCCUCGUUGUCUGAAAUGGCCGGCAAAGUGAGGAUUCGGGGGUUUGUCUAAAUGGGUUGGGGGGGGGGGGGGGGGGGGGGGGGUGUAAAUGGGUAUUCAGGCUUGGGGGAGGAGGGCAGGAACUUGGGCUUAUGCCCAGCUUGUAGAGGACAGUGGUAAAUUACCAUGGGAGACGUGACCUCCCGAGAUUGCAGUGUCCCGCUGUGUGUGUUUUCAGACACCGCUGCCACUGAGUGGGGGGCUCCAUCCAAAACUCAUAAAUGUCUCUGCCCCUCAACAAAGGAGUCAAGGACCCAAUAUCUGUGUAUGUGCGCAUUUGAAACGUAUGCAGAGUUUGCUCUGAGUGACAGGUUCCAUGCUCUGUCAAUGUUGGCCUAAUGCAAGUAUUCCAUUUUGCACAAACUCAUUGCACUGUUCUCCACAGGUCACUUGUACACCCGUCUAUGCAGUACCCCUCUGGGAUUAAACACUUCGCAUUUUUAAUUAAAGACCAUUGAGCACUUGUAUUUUUAGGACAAAAGAUAAAAUGAUCCUUUUUUAAAUGUUUUGACUUAUGAAUGGUCUAGUAGGGCAGUUUCCUUUUUUCAUCAUCCUCAUGAAAGGUUCAGAAGUUUCAACGCCAGGAUAAGGGUUGUCCUUAAUUCAUAUUUGUGGUUUUAACUGUAUACUUCAUGUAUUCCUUUUGGUUAGAUUUAUUAUGGACAGGACUGUAUUGUUAUAAAUUGUACAAAAAUACAUAUUUAAUAAUAAAUUAAACUUAGCCUUUUGUCUUCUGUGUUGUAUUCCACAAAAAAUGCAAAGUCCUAUCUCAUGUCUAUAUCUGUGAUUGGUACAUAAAAUACAAUUCAGGAUAGUUCAUAUUUAAUAACUUUGAAAGAGGCCUGACAUUUAUAUAUAUAUAUAUAUAUUUAUUUUGUUCUUAGUUUUAUUCGGUGCUUAGUUCACAAUUGUGUGUGUUGAUUGUUAGUUAGUGUUUUAUGAUGGAAAAAAAGUAGUGUUCAUUAGAGCUUAAUAUAUAUAUAUAAAAGCCACAUUAAAUCUACAUUUUUUUUUACCUUCUAAACGGGAACCCAAGUGAUCGUGUGUGUGCUCCAUAGUUUUUCUGUGCGGAGGACAACUGACAUUGCCUGACGACUCAACAUAAAUUCUUCCGCUAAAUACUUCAUUCUGAGACUGCCAUCAUCGAAGUUGUUUGUAGUGACAACAUUUUAGGGGUAUUGUACAAAAAGUUAUUGAUUGGAUCAUCUCUAACCAAUCAGAGUAGCAAAGCCAAUGACACAUUUUCAAACCUCUGCUCUACCC